UGCUGAUUUCUCGCUGUACUCUGCGCAUGAGCGGUGUGAAGUUAAAGUUUGUUUGUCAUCCUCGUAACCUCACAAUUGUUGCAGCCUUACUGCCGAACGAAAUUGUGAUUCCUCGUCAAUUCUGGUAAAAUCACAAAAAUGCCUAGCCAGGACGUAACGAUCAACAAGGUGGUGGUUCAUCCGUUGGUCUUGCUCAGCGUGGUGGACCAUUUUAACCGGAUGGGUAAAAUCGGCAACCAGAAGAGAGUUGUUGGCGUUUUACUUGGUUGCUCUAGGGCUAAGGGGGUGCUCGACGUUUCCAACAGUUUCGCAAUUCCCUUUGAUGAAGACGAUAAAGACAAAUCAGUAUGGUUCCUGGAUCAUGACUAUCUGGAAAACAUGUAUGGUAUGUUUAAGAAGGUAAAUGCACGUGAAAAGGUUGUUGGCUGGUAUCACACUGGUCCAAAACUCCAUCAGAAUGAUAUUGCAAUCAAUGAAUUGAUCAGGAGGUAUUGCUCAAAUUCAGUUUUGGUCAUCAUUGAUGCCAAACCUAAAGACUUAGGUCUACCAACUGAGGCCUAUCAAGCAGUUGAAGAGGUGCAUGAUGAUGGAUCACCUACAUCUAAAACAUUUGAACAUGUCCCAAGUGAAAUUGGUGCUGAAGAGGCGGAGGAAGUUGGUGUUGAGCAUUUACUGAGAGAUAUUAAAGACACCACAGUAGGAACACUCUCGCAGAGAAUUACAAAUCAACUUCUUGGUUUGAAAGGACUGCAUUUACAACUUGCUGAGAUUAAGGAGUAUUUAUGUCAGGUUAGGGAUGAAAAAAUGCCAAUUAAUCAUCAAAUUGUCUACCAGCUGCAAGAUAUCUUCAAUUUGCUACCAGACAUUAACCAGGAAUCUUUCAAUAAGGCUUUCCAUGUUAAAAACAAUGAUCAAAUGCUCGUUGUUUACUUGGCUGCAAUGGUGCGGUCAAUUGUCGCGUUGCACAAUUUGAUCAACAAUAAGUUGACCAACAAAGAUGCUGAAGAAGUGAAAAAGGAUGACAAGAAAGACUCCAAGGAUAAAGAGAAGGAAAAGGAGAAGGAGAAAGAUAAGGACAAGGAUAAGGAUGCCGCCAAGAAAGAUGAAAAGAAGAAGUGAAGACAUAGUUGAUAAAUUUACUUAAACUUAUUGAAUUAUUGUAAUUUGUAAUAACAGAUCAUUUGUCCUUAAUAAUAUCUCAUUAUUUCUACAAACAA